AUUUAUUUCACGCUUUUGCUGUUCAUCCGCCCUAUGGUUAAUGCGAAGCCUCUCAUAACAGAUACAACGCCAUACGAUUCAAGAAGAGGAUUAUUUUAUUAAGUGAUAAAACCAACGCCUUACAAGAUUGUAGUUGUGUCAUAAACUGCCAUUCAUCAUGAUUGCGAUAUUGCUAUUAUCGCUGCUGCAACUGUCGACAGCUGCCGUUUUGCGACAGCCAGAUUCGAUGAUGCUAGGAUUAGAUGACUCAUUGAGUUCCAUGCUGUAUGAAAUUCCGGAAUAUGAAGAUCCCCAGAUGUUGGAGUAUGAACUUUCACAGUUGGAAGAUCAUCCCAUUGUGUCUCUCAUACAUCUGGCAAGGAAGCACGUACACAACAAAAACAGACACUCGCUGCCCAAAGAAGCAAUAGCCAGUUUUAAACCGCAGCUAGAUUCUGUCAUUACUAGACUCCAAACUCUUCAAACACGCCUGGAAAGAGGCAGCACCGAAGUUUCCGUGGAAGACAUUGAGAAGUCAAUUCAAGACCUUAAGAAACUGGAGCAUAUUGUCCGGCCAAACAUUGACCAAUUAUUAACCGCAAUGCACCAAGGCCUGUCACAUUCUGGGCAGCUCCCUCAAGGAGGACUGUUGAAUGUUCGAUCCAAGCGUCCUCCUCCAGUCGAGGUCACGACUUCAGAAGCUGAUGUUUAUGAAUUUAAACCUCUCACAACUGAACCCCCAGUCCAUGAGAAGAAACCACUUGCAAGUAAAACCCAAGUCCAUGAAAUCGGAGUACUUACAAGUAAGACUCAGAUCCAUGAAAUUGAACCUUCUGCAAGUAAAAUCGAGUACCAUGAAAUUGAACCUUCUACUAGUAAAAUCGAAGACCAUGAAAUUGAACAAGUUGCAGCUAAGCCUCCGGUACAUGAAGUCGAGCCACCGGUCACCAAGCCCCCCAUGUAUGAAAUGAAACCUCGUGCAACUGAAGAACCAGCCUUCGCUUUGCCACCUCCAUCGACAGAAGCGCCCAAGGAUACUAGCCAGGAAGAACAGAGAAGAGCCCCUUAUAAAGAUGAGGUGUUUAAAAGCGACAGCAUAAAGGAGAGAUAUGAAAUGAAUCCUUAUCAAUCCAGAUGGACAUGGAAGACUGCAAGCUUUGCAAAGUAAUAUAUAUAUAUAUAAAGAAAAGAUAUCAGUGUUCUUUAAUUGUGAAGUGUUGCAAUUAAGUCAUCUGUAGAAAUUUGUGAAUAAAAAUUACAACUACACAUAUUUAGAAUGUGUAUUUUAAUUCAUUCUA